AUGGCUCCCUCCAAACCACCCAACCCUUCUUCUAAAGAAAUUAUAGAAGAAGCUAUCCAAAUAUCCACCCUCAACCUCAAUAAUGCAAUGCAAGAGACUCAAGAACAAAUGGAUGAGAGAUUUGCUCACAUCUCUUCUGAUUUAUCCAACCUCCAUACAAGGUUAGAUAAUGACAAAUCCGUGGAAGACUCUAGAUAUGAAGCUCUCAUGGCCAUCCUUACCAAAAUCUCUUUACAAAAGGAAAUACAGAAUGCUGCUGCUGCUGCCAGCGCGUCUACUGUUCACGCUACAGGAACAGUUUCUAACGCAGCUACUGUUCACGCUACAGAAACAGCUACCGGAUCCGUUACUGUUCACGGAUCAUCCAGCCCAUCAGGUAUAUUCCAUGCUACUUCUUCUAUUCCUAGGGUUUCAGCCCCUUUUCCUCACAUUUCCUCUCCCACAGCCACCCCUAUUAGACAGUCUGCCACUCUUUCUAACACCCACUCCCAACCAACACCCAUGAGAAACAUUCACACUCAUAUUCCCCAUCCCUUUCAGACUUACCCUCCAAUUCCUACCAUUUUAUCUGUUUCCCAACCCUACACCAUUCCUUUUUCCCAACAGCACACUUUUCCCCCUCAUCUUGCCUUUCCCCAAAACCCACCCAUUCCUUCUUAUCCGAAUUUAUCCCACAUUCCACCAUUACCAACUAUCCGAACACCAAAACUUGAACUCCCUAUGUUUGAUGGAUCUGCACCCCUUGAUUGGUUGUUUCAAGCGGAGCAAUUUUUCAAUUUCUACAAUAUGCCACCUGAAAAUCGUUUGUCUUUAAUUUCAUUUUAUAUGAAAGGAGAUGCCUUGUCUUGGUUUAAAUGGAUGCAUCAAAGUCAUUUAUUAACUGAUUGGUUUUCAUUUAUCAAGGCAUUGGAAUUACGCUUUGGUCCUUCUAGUUUUGAUAAUCAUCAAGCUGAGUUAUUUAAAUUAAAACAAGAAGGUUCAGUAGUUGACUAUCAAACUAAGUUUGAAAAAUUAGGCACUCAGGUUGUGGGCUUACCGGCAGAAGCUAUUUUGAAUUGCUUUAUUUCUGGUUUAACAAGUGAUAUUCGCAAUGAAAUGGCCAUUCACAAACCAACCAACAUUUCACAAGCCAUUGGAUUAGCUAAGUUAAUAGAAUCCAAGCUAAAAGACUCCAAACCCAGAUUUUCUAAACCAUUCCCAAAUCCUUACACUAAGCCCAAUCCCUACUCGCCCAGCCCAACUUCAAAACCAACAAAUCCCUCCACAACCCAAGUCCCAAAUCUGUCCAAACCCCAACAAAUCCCAGCACCCUCAAAAUUCCCAAUCAAAAAGCUUUCCCAAGCCCAACUUCAAGAGCGAAGAGCCCAAGGAUUAUGUUUUAAUUGUGACGAAAAAUUCGUUAUUGGACAUAAAUGUUCAACUAGCAGAUUUUUAAUUCUUAUGGCUGAAGAUGACUCGAAUUGCGAACCUAUGGGGGAUGACACAAUUGAAGAACCAGAAAUAGAACAAGAUUUGAAUGACACGUACUUUCAGCUCUCCCCCCAAGCCCUAACAGGGCAAUUUUCCCCACAAACACUAAAGUUUAAAGGCAUGAUUGGUGGAAUAUCGGUAAUGAUUCUAGUAGAUACAGGCAGCACACAUAACAUUAUGCAACCCAGAAUCGCUCAGCACUUAAACCUCACAUCUACCCCCAUUACUCAAUUUUCUGUCAUGGUGGGAAAUGGCUCUCACUUACAAUGUGAAGGUAUUUGCAACAAUGUUCCUCUCAUGUUACAAAAUGAAGUUUUCCAUCUUCCUUUUUAUCUCUUGCCAAUCGAAGGUGCGGAUAUUGUUCUUGGAAUGGCAUGGUUACGCACUUUAGGACCCUUACAAGCAGAUUUUUCCAUCCCAUCAAUCUCCUUUAACCACAAAAAAAAUAACAUCACUUUAAAAGGCGACCCUACAGCCCAUCCCACCCAUACUACAUUUCACCAACUUAAACAUCUUAUCCAUACAAAUUCUGUUGCCUCUUUUCACCUUAUGAUUUUCCAAAACCAUGAACCUACACCAAACAGCCUUUCCACUGAUGAUCCCUUGUUUAAACCCCCCCAAACUCUGCAGCCAGAAAUUCAAACAUUACUUUCCAACUACCAAAAUAUUUUUCACCCACAAGAAGGACUUCCCCCAAACCGACCUCAUGAUCAUCACAUUCCUCUUUUACCCAAUACACCACCCAUCAAUGUCAAACCUUACCGCUACCCACACUCCCAAAAAACCGCUAUGACUACAAUAAUUCAAGACAUGUUAAAAGAAGGGAUCAUUAAACCUAGCCACAGCCCUUUCUCCUCACCAGUUUUGUUAGUUAAAAAGAAAGACGGUACGUGGAGAUUUUGUGUGGACUAUCGUGCUCUAAAUGCAGUCACCAUAAAAGACCGUUUCCCAAUCCCAACCAUUGAUGAACUCUUGGAUGAGCUAGGCAGUGCUAAAUAUUUUACCAAGUUAGAUUUACGCUCAGGCUAUCAUCAGAUCCGCGUUGCAUCGGAAGACACACAUAAGACUGCUUUUCGGACUUUCGACGGACAUUAUGAGUUUCUCGUAAUGCCGUUUGGGUUAACUAAUGCCCCCUCAACAUUCCAAUCAGCGAUGAAUGAUUUACUAAGACCUUACUUACGAAAGUUUGUUUUAGUAUUUUUUGAUGACAUACUAAUCUAUAGUUCCAAUUUCAAUGAUCAUCUAAUUCAUUUGCAGGUUAUUUUUGACCUUUUGGAGUCUCAUGCUUUUGUAGUGAAGUUACCUAAGUGUGUUUUUGCAAUGCAACAGGUACACUACCUAGGUCAUGUUAUUUCAGUUGGAGGUGUUGCUCCUGAUCCGGAAAAAGUGCAGGCCAUGUUAGAUUGGCCUACUCCACGUUCUCACUCGUCUCUCCGCGGUUUUUUAGGCCUCACCGGAUUCUAUCGUCGUUUUGUGAAAAACUACGCCACACUCGCCGCUCCCCUCACCGAUCUAUUAAGUUUCACUAAAUUUGCAUGGAGUACAGAGGCGGCCGCAGCCUUUACAGAAUUAAAACAAAAAAUGACCGACAUGCCGGUGCUAGCUUUGCCAGACUUCUCAAAACAAUUCAUAAUCGAAACUGACGCCUCCGGUGUGGGUAUUGGUGCAGUUCUCUCCCAAGAGAGUCAUCCUAUUGCUUUCUUCAGCAAGAAAAUGUGUCCCCGAAUGCAGGCUUCUUCGGUUUAUGUGCGUGAGAUGUUUGCUGUUACAGAAGCGGUGAAGAAAUGGCGUCAAUAUCUUAUAGGACAAAAAUUUCAUAUCUAUACAGAUCAAAAAAGCUUGCGCAAUCUCCUACUUCAAAGAAUUCAAACUCCAGAACAGCAGAAAUGGGCAGCAAAACUACAAGGAUUUAACUUUGAGAUAUUUUACAAACCUGGCAAAUCUAAUUUGGUCGCUGAUGCUUUGAGUAGAAAGUUUCACACUUCUGAUUGUCUGUUGUUAGCCAUUUCCUCCCCUAUUCCCGAGUUGUUAGCCACACUCCGUCAUUUUUAUGCAAAAGACACAGCAGGUCAAUCAUUAGCUCAAGAGACUACUGGGGAAAGCAACAUUUCUAAUUUCUACAAGUUUCACAAUGGACUACUGUACUUUAAGGAGAAGUUGUUUAUACCUGAUAUUCAAGAUCUUCGUCAUCGGGUGUUACAAGAAUUUCAUUAUACACCAACUGGUGGACAUUCUGGUGUCAAAGCCACGCUUGCUCGACUCUCUGCAUCCUUCUCUUGGCCUGGCAUCUACAAGGCGAUGAAAACAUUAGUCCAACAGUGUACAGUUUGUCAGCAAAACAAAUAUCUUACUCAAAAAAAAAGGGGCUACUGCAACCUCUUCCAAUACCUGAACAGGUUUGGGAGGAUCUGA